AUGAUGGAAAAUGGUGCAUCGACAUCAACGGCGGCAGCAACCACAACAACACCAACAGCAUGUACAUUUAAACCAGGCGAUUUGAUUUGGGCAAAAAUGAAAGGGUUUCCGCCGUGGCCGGCAAAGGUACUCGAGCAAACUGACGAAACACCGGCUCGCCGAAUUCCUGUCAUGUUUUUCGGCACCCUUGAGAAGUCGUUCAUGAAGCCGACGGACCUCAGCGAUUAUUUGACGAAUCGUACACUUCACGAGAUUCCAAGAAAACAGAAAGACUUCAACAAAGCCGUACAGGAGAUUCGCGUUGCCGCCGGUCUCGCCACCGAGCAGGACGACGUCUCGUUUCCGGUCUCUCAUAAAAGUCCGCCGUCGUCGCCGAGAAAUGGGCGCACCAGGCAAACCAGCGGCCGAUUUUUGGACGUUUUGCUAUCCGGCGGUCUUGACGGACGCAGAAAGCGUUCGAACAGCGCUUCAACCAAAUCGCGAUCGAGAGCCAGCAGUAAUGCAUCAGCUUUUAAAAUUGUCAAGGAUUUGAUGAAGAAGGAAAGAAGACGAUUGGAUAGUGAGAGUUCGCAUGGAUCAAAAAGGAAAAUGAUUAGCGGUGGUCUGAAUGCUGAUCAUUGCGAGCAGUAUGCGGACAGCACUGACUUCAAUGCGUUGUUUGGCGACGCGUUCCUCGGCGAUCUCGCCAGUCUGCCGGACGACAACAAAUCGUGGAAGUCGAAACGUUCGCGCGGCUCGUCGAAACUCUUCGAUGAUUUGAUUUUCGGUGCGCGCACCCGAAAUCGAAGUGGAAGUGCCAGCGGAAGACGAAGUCGAAUGAUCUCGAUGUCUGGAUUCUCUGGUGUUUCGGAUAUGUUCGAUGAGCUUCUAAAUGGUCCACUUGAUCUUGACGCUCAAGCUGAACAAUUUAUGAUAACCUUGAAUAAUAUGCCGUCCGAUGGAAGCCUUGACCGCCCACUUUCGCCAGAAACCUCGCGACCUCAAAUGCCGGCGCCUGUUGAAUUUUGCCCAACUUGCGGCUAUGAAUAUCGAUUAAUUAACGGCGUUCUAAAAUGUAAUAGCACUGUAUGUACAAAAAUGAAAGAAUCGUCAUCGUCGGCUGUCGACGGGCUUCUCGACGAUGAAUCGCGAAAUAAGCUCGACAUUCCGUUGGCGGUUAAUAUAAAAACGGAAUCGGUUAGUAGUGGAGAGAAAUUUAUAAAUAGCAUGCUAAUGGCUCAACCAACACAUAAAAAGUCGGGAUUGGCGAAUGUGAAGCAGGAAGCGGCGUCGCCGAAGCCGAAGAUUCGAAUCAAAGAGGAUUCGGCGUCGGAAGCGGCCGAGACGAGAAAAGAGCGAAAACGGAAAAAAGUUCAGGUAAUGAGCCCAACAUCACCAUCGACAAUUCAAAUCAAUUCGGCCAACGACGAAUCGGCGCCGCCAAUCGUCGGCGGCCGCUCGAGCCCGUCGCUUCGUCGCGAUCGCGCUCGACCCAAACAUUAUGGUUACAGCAAAGUUGAGAAGACGCCGCCGAUUUCGGCGUCCGGACAUCGGCAUUGCGUUUUUUGUAACGGACAGGUUCGCCCGCAAAUGUGCGGCGGCAAUCGGCAUCGAUGGCGUUGCGUUUACAAGAAGUGUCGAAAAUGGUACGGAUGGGUGCGGUCGCACGAGGAGAUCCCGAAAAAUGUGGGCAGAAAGAAAAUUAAUAGCCUGAAAUCAUCGGCGAAACCGAGCAAAUCGAAGAAGAAAGAGGAUGACGUCGAUGAGACAUCGUAUCCGGCGUUGUUGAAGCGAAAAGUUGGAAGGCCGUCCAAAAAUGACAUCAAAAUUCGGCUGAAAAUGCAGAAAGAGGCGGCCGCAAUGGCUGCUCGCGCGCCGCCAAGUCCGAUGCAUGCGGAGGCGUCGACGGCGUCGAAUCCGAGCGGUGUGCCGCAUCGGAAGUACACGAAGCGGAAGAACAAGGAAGGCAACGCCAAACGCGACGAUUUUUCGCCGAUUGACGACGAAUCGAAAAAACGAGCGGUCUCGCCGCUUAGCGAAAAGGAGAUGCACUAUCGGCCGUGCGCGAUGGAGAAACGCGCGCGAUGGUGGACCGGCGAGAAGCGAAGGGUUGAUGUUUCGCCGGAAAGGGAUUUUGGAACGACUGCUGCGGACACGGCCGCUGCUUUCCGAAUGAUGGCGCACGCGGUCCGAUCGGCGGCGGUGACUCGCGCCGAUGAGCUCGGAACUGUGAAUGGUUCGCUGGACCUUCUCAUGGACACCCUUAUGGGAUCGAUGGGACCACUUUUGUCACUUCUGGAAAAGGUGCCAGCGUUCAAAACCGAUUCUCGACUACCCCAACAAUUAUGGAACGCCUCGGCAAUCCAUAUACCAACGUUCCAAUAA